UUUUCUUUAUUACGUUUUAUAUAUAUAAAAAAAUGGUUGUAAAUAAAAGUCCUGAAGCUGAUUCAGACUUAAAAUUGGAGUCUUCGCCCGAGAUGAAGGCCAAAGAAGAAAAGACUGAAGUCAAGGAAGAGAAAAACGACGUUAAGGAAGAAAAGACUCAAACCAAAGAAGAGAAGGAAGAAAAAGCUCAAGUCAAUAAGCCAAAGAUUACCGACGUUAGAAGAGGCCAUGUUCAAAGCAAUCUUGCCAAAAAACAAUGAAUUGGAAACAGAGAGUGUCGGUUCCUUUCAUUGGCACAUUGAGGACUGGAAGGCUUUAGAGACUAAAACACAUAGUCCUGUAUUCCAUGUAAAUGGAUACCCUUGGCGUAUUUUGUUAUUUCCUAAGGGUAACAACCAAAAGACAGCUACCUCCAUUUAUCUCGAAAUUGCUAGUCCAAAAGAGAAUGGUCUACCAGAUGGAUGGCACAUUUGUGCUCAAUUCGCACUUGCCAUUUCCAAUCCCGAAGAUCCCACUUGUUAUUACCCAAGCAGUGCUAAUCAUCGUUUUUCAUCUGAAGAGAUUGAUUGGGGAUUCACGCGUUUUUACGAUGUAGAAGAUCUUGGUCAAGUUUCCGCCGCAGGAAAGGGACCGUUCCUUGUCAAUAAUAAGACGACCAUUUCCGUUUACAUCCGUAUCGUGAAAGACGAAACAGGAGUUCUUUGGCAUAAUUUUGUCAAUUACGAUUCCCGUAAGGAAACCGGCUAUGUUGGUAUUAAAAACCAAGGAGCUACAUGUUAUAUGAACUCUUUGUUACAAUCGCUUUAUUGCACCAAUAAAUUCAGAAAGGCAGUGUAUGAGAUUCCUACCGAGGGGGACGAGCCUACCAAAAGUGUUGCCCUGGCUCUUCAGCGAUGUUUCUACAACCUACAAUAUGCUUCUGCUCCUGUCGGCACUACAGAAUUAACUCACUCGUUUGGUUGGAACACUCUGGAUGCUUUUAUGCAGCAUGACGUACAAGAAUUCAAUCGUGUCUUACAAGAUAAUUUGGAAGAAAAGAUGAAGGGUACACCAGCAGAUGGAGCCAUCUCGAAAUUGUUUGAAGGAAAAAUGAAAAGUUACAUCAAGUGCAUAAAUGUCAACUUUGAAUCCUCACGAGUUGAAGAUUAUUAUGAUAUCCAGUUAAAUGUUAAGGGUUGUAAAAACCUGAUCGAUUCAUUUGAAGAUUAUAUUACAGUCGAAACAUUGGAAGGUGAUAAUAAAUACAUGGCUGAGGGGCAUGGUCUUCAAGAUGCAAACAAAGGUGUCAUUUUUGAAAGCUUCCCUCCUGUAUUACACUUACAGCUCAAGCGUUUUGAAUAUGAUUUCAUGCGGGAUACGAUGGUCAAGAUCAAUGACCGACACGAGUUCCCCGCCGAAAUUAACUUGGACAAGUAUUGUUCAACUGCCGAUGAAGAUGGCCCAUAUGAUUAUGAACUUCACGGUGUUCUUGUCCAUAGUGGUGACAUCACGGGUGGCCAUUAUUUUGCCUUAAUUCGACCUGAAGCCAACGACAAAUGGUUCCGUUUCGAUGACGAUCGUGUGACGCCUGUUUCCAAAAAGGAAGUGUUUGAGGAAAAUUACGGUGAUGAACCUCAUCGUGAUAACAAAGAUACCUCUGUUGCAUCUCCACCAUUCUUAACAGGCACUACGAGAGUAAACAGUGUUCGUAUGAUGAAGAGAUUCACUAAUGCAUACAUGUUGGUUUAUAUCAGAAAGAGCAAAUUGGAUGAAAUAUUAGCACCUGUACAAGAAACAGAUAUCCCCGAGCAUUUAAAGCGUCGUUUGGACGAUGAAAAGGCAACAAUCGAAAAACGCAAGAAAGAUAGACUAGACAUGCAAUUGAAUGUCAAAGUAGCUGUUGUGACGGAUGACUCCUUCAAAGAAUAUCAAGGGUUUAAUCUAGCUGCAUUCGAUGAUAGAUAUUUGGAAGCAUCUGACAAUGUCGAUAUUUUCAAGGCUCUCAAAACCGAAAAAAUUAGCGCAUUUAAACAGCAGUUAAUAGACCAUUACAAAGUUGAACCCGAAAGAUUUAGAUUGUGGAGUAUUCUUUACCGUCAAAACAAGACUGUCCGAGUAGAUCAGCCUCUGUCAUUAGCUGACGAAAGAACCACUGUCGAAAAAAUGAGAGAGGCUACCUGUGUCAGCUCUCUAAAUAAUGGAUUCACCAAAUUUUAUAUGGAAAUAGCUGAAAAAGAUAAGCCUUUACCUGUACUUAAAAACGACCAAAUGCUCGUCUUCGUUAAAUAUUUUGAUGUCAAGCAACAAAAAUUAAGAGGUCUUGGUCACAUAUUUGUCUCUCUUAGUGAUAAGGUUGGCAGUAUUUUAUCCAUACUGGUUGAAAAAGCAGGCUUGCCUAAGAGCACUUCAAUUCAGCUUUACGAAGAGAUCAGACCUACAUCAAUUGACCCUUUAAAGAGUGACCAAACCUUCCGUAAGGCAGAAAUCCAACAUGGUGAUAUUGUUUGUUUCCAACAAACAAUAUCUCAAAAAGAAAUUGAUGAAUUGUUAAAUGCUGAAAAAUACCCUUCAGUACCACACUAUUAUAAAUACUUAUACAACAAGGUGUGUAUCUUAUUACAGCCUGUCCCCGACAGUAGAGUAGGAAACGGCAAAAAGCAGGAUAUAAAGCUUAUCUUGGACAGAACUGCCAGUUAUGCACAUGUUGCAAAUCGACUUGCAAGUCAACUUCAUGUGGAAUCUACCAAAAUCCGUUUCAUGUCCUCCGAUCCUGCUACAAAUCAACCUCGCGAUAUCAUCCAUUAUAAACCCGGGAAAAGGCUUGAAGAGAUGAUCCCUACUUUACCCAAACCAAAUGAUUAUGCUCAAUUUGUCAGCUUCGAGAAUAUCAAUACACCUGUCAUGUACUACGAGAUCAUGGAUCUGGAUGUUGCAGAGUUAGAGUCAAGACGGUCAAUUGAAGUGAAUAUCAUUGGUCCCACUUUACGUAAAGAGACUAAAGUUACUGCGCUUGUCACAAGAGCAGGAUCCGUCCGUCAGCUUCUGGAUCAAGUGAUUACCAAGGGGAAAAUGGAAAUCAAAGAUCCCAGUAAAAUCCGUCUUUAUGAAGCUGUUGACGGUAAAGUCACACAGGAGUUCUCGCUUGAUCAGACUGUGGACAAUGUAGCUUGUGAAAAAACUGCAGUCGUGUAUGCCGAGCCUAUUCCUAAAGACGAAUUAGAAAUGGACCAAGAUACAGACCGUUUGAUUCAAGUUGUUCAUUAUCACAAGAACCCCACUGAAUUCCAUGGUAUUCCUUUCCGGUUUGUUGCUAUUAAGGGCGAGCCUUUUGAGGAGACCAAAAAGCGGUUACAAAAGAGAACUGGCUUGGGUGACAUGGAUUGGAAAAAGGUCAAGUUUACCGUUUUGAGGAACUUGAAUGCACCAGAACCACAAGUGACAGUUAUCGAUCAGCCCACAUUUGAGCUUCGAAACGCACGUCUUCAAGAAGAGGAUGCGCUUGGGUUGGACCAUAUGGAUAAAUCAUCAAAGGGUCGAUUUAGCAGUGUGUUUGAAAAGGGAAUCUUUAUCAGAGGGUAAAAAAAAAAAGAAAUAAAAAAAAAACGAGUCUUUCUUUUUUUCGCCAAUUUGAAAUAUGGUUUUACCUUUGUGUAUAAAAAGCCUUACAAUGUCUAAAGCGG